AUGGCGGAAACUCCUCGAUAAUUUACUGACCGAAAUUUCGAAAGUAGGUAAAGUAGAGAACGAUUUGAUAAUUGAAAAAUGUAAAAUUAUAUUCAUCAACCCUAUCCUAGUGAUUUUAUCGAAGUUGUAGUGUCAGUAUCGACGUUUACGCGUUGUUUAUGCAAUAUACGAAAUACCGAUGAAACAUGUUACUCUAUUCAAUAAAAUAAUAUGUAAGAAAUAAUUUUCACAAGUUUCGAGUACAUUAUAACAGCGAAACACGUUGCUAUUAAGUAGCUAAUACAAUGCCAUUAUUUUCAAAUAAGUUUUCCCCAAAAAAGACGCCUACCAGAAAGGCAGGAAUCUUUUUAGCAAAUAAAGAUUUUAGCCCAAAACGUAUCGAAAAAGAACUUGGACCGAACAUUGGACCCAUACGUUUAAAAUUAGGAGAACAGGAAACUGUUUUUGAGUCAGGUGUAUGGAUACCGGAAUCUGGCAAGAUUGGAGGAACGUACAAGGAAAAUGAAAAACUAAAGAAAGAAAUGAAAAGACUGGAAGAAGAAAACAACUUACUGAAACUGAAAUUUGAAGUACUCCUGGAUAUGUUAACACAAUCAACUGCAGAGUUCAACUCACAGAAGGAAGAACUAGAUAGAUUAAAAAGAAAUUCAUCUUAUAACAAAGAUAGUGAUUCUUGAUAUAAAAAUUUAUUAAAUUAA